UUUUGUUGGCCACGCCCUGCCUCUCUCUUUUUGGAAACACUAAACCGACUGAACCUGCCCCACGCCCGCCUUGCUUCCUCCUCUCAUCGCAUGACUUGACAUGGAUAGAAAAGAGCACAAGCUCUGAACUAUUACCAUCAGACUCCAGUCCUACCGAACCGAGACAAGUGGAUAACCCAGUCAGACGGGAUAGCUGACUAGACCACACAGACAGACAGAUCACAGCCUUGCAUUUACAUCGCUACAGUCUGUUCUCUCAUGCACCGUCCCGUUUAAUCUGUCGCCUCUGCCGUUAUUGUUAUAUGAUUAUUAUUGCGGCAGUUCGCACCUUGUUAUUCCGGUGUGGAGGAGGGGAGUAAAUUUAUAUGGCCGCGACGCUAAUCACGAUGAGCGCUGGGACCGGGUCCGGGACCGGGCAGGACGAGAUGUUCUACACCCUGCUGAAGCCCAUGCUUUCGGAAGGCUUCCCGGUCGAGGAGUCGGCUCUGUUCGGUUUCGAUCCCAAGAACGUAGUGACGGAAAGGAGUGGACAGAGUGAAUACACGCAGCAGACAGGGAAGAGUGAGCUGGAUAAGUACCUCUCCCCUCAGACGCACCUCCUGACGCCCCAUCUCGACCCUCCAGAGCAGAACAUGUCUCGGCGGGACAGUGCCUCUGUGAUGGAUCAUUUCUUUGGUGACGACCAGGGUGGAUCUCCUUACAGCAUCAACAUGAACGUCUUCCUACCCGACCUGGCCUACCUGAGGAUGGGCUUGUGUCGGCCGGCACGCCCGGGGCCUGGGGGUAACGUUGGAGGCAUGGGCCAGCAGGUCAAAACAGAACCACCUUCUUCCUCCUCUCCCUUCGCCCAUCCUCAUCCUCACUGCCCCAGCAGCAGCGUCCACGGUAACAGCACCAGCCUUUCCAUGGUAACGUCGUCUUCUUCUUCGUUGCCAGAGUUCACUAGCGUGUUCAGCCCGUCGGGUGACGGUGACCCGGCCUCUGACGCCGUGGCAACGGGCGGUUCUGUUUACGUGAAGGAGGAGCUGGGGUCGUUCGAUCUGCCACACGACGACUCUCUGUUCCAGCUGCUCUCUGCAGAGCUGGACCCCGCCCCUCUCGCGCCCAUGCAUCACCACGGCAACAAUGCUCAUCACCGGACGGUGCAGAAUCACGGGGUUUCCGGUCACUCGCCCUUCAUGCACACCUUCCACGACCUGCACUUAGCCGCCCAGGCCCAGCAGCAACACCAACAACUACAGACUGCCAAGUCAAGCUACUGUGGUGGGCUGCACAGCGUGGGGGGGGCCUACCCUCACCCUCACUUCCUCCAGCAGCCCCAGCAUCAUCAGGCCAAGGCCUCCUACCUGCCCCCAUCUCCUCCCAGCUCAGAGCCCAGCUCCCCAGAUCGUCAGAAGGACCUCCUUCAGAACCUCUCCCCUCCUCCUUCCUAUGCCGCCACCAUCGCCUCCAAGCUGGGAGUCAGCGUGUCCCCUUGUCUUUCCCCCACCGGUGUGGCUCGGCCCCCAGCCUCGAGUCUAACUCAAGCCCCAGGCUCCGGCCCAGCUCCAAGCCUGAACCAGUCCGUCCAAGUCCGUUACAACCGCAGGACCAACCCAGACCUGGAGAAGAGAAGGAUACAUCACUGUGACUUCCCAGGAUGUAAGAAAGUGUACACCAAGUCUUCCCAUCUAAAAGCCCACCUGAGGACCCACACUGGUGAGAAGCCGUACAGGUGUUCGUGGGAGGGGUGUGACUGGCGUUUCGCCCGUUCUGAUGAGUUGACUCGUCACUUCAGGAAACACACAGGGGCCAAACCCUUCCAAUGCUCUGUCUGCUCUCGCUCCUUCUCCCGAUCGGAUCACCUGGCCCUGCAUAUGAAGAGGCACCAGAUCUAACACACACACACACUAGCUUGAAUCACAAAGACAUGCACUCAAAUCAGGAAACGUUCAACCUAAACUGUACCGUAGACCUUGUAGUUUUUAUCUUGACCUGGUCGUAGUUGGAAAUGACAACUUGUUCUCAACUGGCCUACCUGGUUAAAUAAAAUUAAAAUAAGUCUAUA